CUGGAAAAGAAAAAAGAAAAACGAGGGAAGGGAAAAGAAAAAGAAAUACAGAAUUUCAUCCGCAAGCAAGACAAAAAGAAAAAGGCACAAAAAAUAUAAAAUAAAAUAAAUAAAAACAAAAUAAACUGAACGGACUGUUUUAGAGAGAGAGAGAGAGAGCGAGGAAAGAGAGGUGAAGAAAGAGGAGAGAGAAGGGAGAAGGGGGAAAAACAGAAUGGGUAAGGCGGCAGCAACGGCGGAGACAAUGACGAAGAAGCGGAAGAAAAAGGGACGGCCUUCCCUUCUCGACCUCCAAAAGCGAGCUAUCAAGCAAGAAUUGCAGCAGCAGCUGCAGCAGAAGAAUCACCAGAAUCCUCCGCCCAAAAAUCGCAAUCAAAACCCUAUUCGUCAAAACCCUAAUUCCCACCUCAAUUCCCGCCGAUCCGCCCGCCGGAACCCUCAUUCUGGCGGUGAAGAUGACAACGGAGAUGGAGAUGACGACGAUGAUGAGAGGAAGGAGAAGAAGCACAAGCUUCUGCUCGGCCUGAAUUCCCAGCAGCAGCAGCAAGCGAAUCCCCUUUUCCGUUCCAAUUCCUCUGCCUCUAAUUCUUACGGGUCGGGUUCCGAUAAUCCCGAGGUGGGUGCGUUGGCCAUCGUCAAGCACCGCCAGAUCGGAGGUGUCCGCCCCGGAUCAGAUGAAACGGGUGAAAAGUUUUGGAAAGCGACGGACACUCUUCAUGGGUUAUCAGGGGAGGAGCCCGGUCCCACGACGACACCUUUGCCAGACAAAAAGUUGUUGGUCUUCAUUCUUGACAGACUUCAAAAAAAGGAUACCUAUGGAGUCUUCUCUGACCCUGUGGAUACAGAGGAGCUUCCUGAUUAUCUUGAUAUCAUUGACCAUCCCAUGGAUUUUUCUACGGUGAGGACGAAGCUAGAUGGCGGGGAGUACUCCAACUUGGAACAAUUUGAGGGAGAUAUUUUCUUGAUUUGUUCGAAUGCCAUGCAGUACAAUUCUUCCGACACCGUUUACUAUCGACAGGCACGCUCCAUACAAGAGCUGGCUAAGAAGGACUUUGAAAAUCUGAGACAAGACAGUGAUGAUGGUGAACCAGAAGAACCCAAAGUGGAGAAAGUAGUGAGGAGGGGCAGACCACCAGGGAAGUCAAAAAAGUCACUGGAGAAGCCUCCACUUGACCGCUUGGCAAUUGAGUUCUCGUCCGAUGCAACGCUUGCUACAGGCGGCGAUAAUUCUGUCGGAUUGAAUGGUUAUAAUCUCAGAAAAACGACGCUGUUCAAGCAACCUUCUGAUGCAGUUUUGAGAAUCACGAAUGGACCUCAUAAUGGUGAAACUCACGCUUGGCAGUCAGAAUGGGAAAAUGAGUUUCCAGCUUCUGUGGUGAAGGCUGUGAUGAAACAUUCAAAGAGAACAGAUAUAGUGGAUGAGAACAGGCGUGAUACAUAUAAUCCUCCUUCUGCUUCUGCUCACAAGCCAUCUGUCUUGAAUUCGCUUGAUGGAGAACUGAAGCAACUAGUGGCGGUGGGUCUGAGCGCGGAGUUCGGUUAUGCAAGAAGCCUAGCUCGAUAUGCGGCAGGCCUUGGUCCAACGGCAUGGAGUGUAGCUUCUAAGAAAAUUCAGCACGUAUUGCCAAUGGGAGUCGAAUUCGGUCCUGGGUGGGUAGGAGAAAACGAUGUGGUCCAGAGUGGCCGUGUUUUAUCCAAUGACACUGCAUCCGGUGAUCCAUCUAACAGUCAUCGACCCCCCUCAACAAGCACAAAUACAACCACAACCACAAAUUUGCAUCAGAUGUCGAACAGAGAAGACAUAGCAGCAAGAAGUGGAGCUGGACCAACAACUUCAUUCGACAAUGGCAUUACUCCCACCAUAAAGUCUAUGGCACUGCCGCCAGUUCAACAGCAAAUUCUAGGUGGCGGAUCUUCAUACAACUGCAGUACUUCUCAGGUUGGUGUGCUUCCAACGACACCCUACCGGCCUUUUGGCGUGGUUCCAAGUUCGUCCACAAGUUUCAGUCAAAUGCAACAGGGACAUGCUUUCGAUCCUAACAAGGGCAAGCAAGAAACUUUCGGCUCGGGUAAAGAUUCGUCAACAGCUCCUGGCAGCAUUAGACCAACAACCACAACAGGGUUUGCUGGCAGUUCUGCUGGACCUCAGGGACUACCGCCAGCACUGUCAUAUCAUAAUCAGCAGGAGCUCUUACAAUUCUCGACAGACUUAAACGUCGGGUUCUUAUCUCCAGGUUCGCCCAGUUCGUCUGGGGUUGUUCCGAUUCGUUCCCCACAGCAGCCAGACUUGGCAUUGCAGCUUUGAGGACUGAUUGAUUUUGAGAGGGUAGGGAUGGCUUACUGGGUUAUUGUCUGUCUUUUUAUUUUUCCUUGGGGUAAUUUUGGGCUCCACCAUAAUUUUAGCUUUCUCUUCUGAACUGACUAAUGUGUAGGGGGAAAGGAGGGAAGUGGGAAUGAAUAAUAUGGGAGAUUUAGGAGGGGAUUUUGGUGAAAGGGGUCUGUAUGUUGAGCAGAAUUGAAGUUAUAUGGUGUAGGAGAGUGGGAUUCUGUAUAGAUUUGAUGGAAUUGUAUCAAGACUUUUAAUAUGUUUAGGUUAAAAAAACCACAGAUUAACAGUUCAUUUUUGUUGCAGUG